AUGGACAAACAAGCCUUCCGAGAAGAACCCCCGUUUCCCGAGGGCACCUGGCGUCUAUUUGAGGCCUGCAAGCAUUAUGGGUUCUUUUACCUGAAGCUGGACCACAGUGAGAAGGGCCAGCAGCUACUCGACCUCAAGAAGGUCUUUGACCUGCCUUCCGAGGAGAAACGUCCUUACGAUACGGGCCAGUUUCUAGGAUACACUGCCCCUGGCGGAACAGUCAUUGACCGUAACGGCACUCGAGACCGCAUGGAAGUAUGGAAUCUCGGGAAAGACGAUAUAAUGAAGCCCGGCUACAGUAUACCCAAGCCGCCUCUCUUGCUUGACAGUCAGAAAACCCUCCAGUCCUUCACGCAGAGCUGCCAUGAAGUUGCUUUGACCAUCCUGGCCGCCCUGGAAUCGCUCAUCGACCUCCCAAACGGCACAUUCGCCGACUUGCACCGACUUUCCGCCGAGUCCGGAGACCACGUCCGGUUCCUGAAGGCUCUUCCUCAACCAGACACGGACCGUCGCACCGCGCUGGGUGAGAACACUGACUUCGGCAGCAUCACAGUUCUCUUCAACCGUCUGUCAGGAUUGCGCGUGCUCGAGCCUGGCCGUCAGUACGGCGAGAACCACUGGGAAGAAUGGCCGUGGGUACAGCCACAACCCGGUCAUGCGAUCAUCAAACUGGGGGAUGCGUUGGUGAAGUUCACAAACGGCCUCAUUCGCUCGAAUUUGCACCGCGUGGACCCUCCCUUGGGCAUUCAGAAGCUCGUGGAUCGGUACUCCCUCAUCUACUUCUCGAGACCGCGCAACGAUGUAGUGCUGAAGCGCCUGCCUGACAGUGGGUUUAUUCCAUCGUUAGCAGAUGGAGUUGUGGAGGAAGAGCUCACGAGCAAGGAGUGGAUUGAGCGACGUGCAGCUGGGAAGCGUCACGGCAAGUUCAAGGGCCCUGGCACGGAAAAGGCUUCUCCUCUCGUUGUAGUCUAG